AUGAAAUUCAAGCCCGACGUAGCGGAACAACUGGACUUCUCCACUCCCGCGAUCACUACGACUGUGGUCGAUGAACGCGGAAAAGCGGUGGUUGUGAGUCGACGAGCACCGGAACGGAAAGCCGGUGAGCAAUGUAAACGUCUGGUAAAAAUUAUACUGACCCAAAUUGUUUUACUUUUUGCUUUGGUCGGAUAUCUGAUUGGGGGUGGCUAUCUGUUUCGGGCAUUGGAGAUAGAGAAUGAAUCAUUCUUAUGCUACCAGAAACAGGAGGGUUAUCUACAAAAACUGAACUCAUCGGCAGCUCGCGUGAUCGGCACGGUGGAGUCCACGCUAGACAACGAUCGUCGGGACAGCCUAGUUCGUGAAAUUAUGGCCAAUUUUGCCGAUCAGUUGUUCAUUUUGGAUUUUCAACCUAGCACCGAUUGUUCAAUUAUUCUGGGUACGGACAACGGGGCCAAGUGGAAUCUGGCCAAUGCGAUCUUUUUCUGUGCCACUAUUGUGACAACCAUCGGGUACGGAAACAUCGCUCCGCUCACAUUUUGGGGUCGUAUCAGUUGUAUCGUGUAUGCCAUGAUCGGGAUUCCACUUAUGCUUAUCUAUCUGGCCAUAAUCGGUAAUUUGUUGGCCCGAAUAUUUCGUCUGAUCUACGUGAAUAUCGUCUGUUGUCGGUGCUUCUACGACGUGAUACGACGUAAACGUCAGAAGCGUCGUGAGCGUCUACAACGCUGGGAACAGGAUUUGCGGCAGCAUGAGGAAGAGGAGGCCAGACGUCGUGGAUUACCGGUACCACCGGCAAAAGUUCAACCAGCCGCGGUAGAUGAGAACGAGGACGAUUUUGAGGAGUCCGAUUUUUACCGCGAGAACAUAGUGGCGGUCCCUUUGACGGUGAGCAUUUUUGUGCUCGCCGGAUACACAAUGAUCGGAGCAGUUCUGUUCCCACAAUGGGAAGAAUGGAGUCUGGUCGAUUCGGCGUACUUCUCGUUCAUCACAAUUGCCACCAUCGGGCUCGGAGAUUUGGUCCCAGGCAUGGGACGCUUGACCGAGGCUGGAACCACUUUGGAACUGGUAAUUGGAGCACUCUACCUGAUUUUUGGUUUGGCUCUGGUCUCUAUGUGUAUCAAUCUAUUGCAAGCCGAACUGAUAGCAAAGAUCAAAUAUAUAGCGCGUUGCUGCAACGGUGGACGCAAAGAUGAAAUUGGUGAUGAGGAAGAGAUUGAAACAGAAAUUGACGUGGGAAGCAGCCUGAAAGAUCAUCAGACCGCUUACGNUUACGAAUUUACCGCAAUCGCAGGCGAAGAUGAGCCAAAAAUGCAAGUAGAAGGGACAGUUGUACCGUUCGAGUAUGAGAACGCCGGUUUCGCUGGCGAAUAG